AUGCUUCCUAUACAUGAAAAUGAUUCAAAAAUUAAAAAUAAUGUGAAUUUAAUUUAUGGUAAAAAUGUAAAGAAUAUUUUUGAAAACAAUGACUUUAAAAAAGUAAAAAGAAAAGGUAAAAAAUUAAAUGAAAGAAAAGGAAAAUUAAAAAUAAUUAAGUAUUUAAAAUUAUAUAUAAAUAGAACAGCAAAGCAGCGGAUAAUAAUUAACUUAGUUGUCUUAUUAUUAUUUUUAUUAAUAAUAUAUAUUUCUUACAAAAGUAUUGAUAAUUUAAAAACGAUCCUUUUAAUUACCUUAACACUCUAUAGUUUAUAUUUUUUAUUAUACUCAUUAUAUAUCCUGAGCACAAUUUUAAAUGAUGAGUAUGAAACAUAUAAUACUCUAAAAAAAGAUGAUGUAGUAAAUAAUGUUUUGAGUGAAAAUGAAUUAAGUAUUUUAAAUAAUAAUAAUAAAAGUAAAAUAACAAAUUCACAGUUAAAUAACAGACAAAAUAACAAUUUCAUUAAUGGUUCUAAUUUGAAUAAUAAUCUCUUGAAAAACAAUACUUUUCAUACUAAUGAAAGCGAAUAUAUAAGUACAUCGUUACCCUCUUUUCAUAUUCGUAGUUUAAAUUACGAAUCUAAUACACAACAUAAUAGCAAUAAUGAACCAGAAUUAUCAACUAAAAAUUACGGAAAAGGAAAUAGUGAAAUGACAGCAUCAUUUUAUAAUGAGGAAAAAACAAGCAUAUAUAAAGGAGAGGUGCAUAAUAAUAUAAUAAAUAACACAAAUGUGAUUAAUAAUAAUUGGAAUAAUAUAUUAAAAAGUAAUAAAAAAGUUGAUAUCAAUUUGAUGGAUAAUCAACUCAAUGAUAGCGAAACAAUUAAUAAUGAAAUGGUUACUAAUGAAGGAUAUGAAAUCUUUUCUUUUGAGAGCAUAGCAAAACCAAUAAAAGAAGGUUCUGAGGGAUUUUUUGCAGUGCAAUAUAAUUCUAUAUUAAAAAUAUCUAUAUUAUUUACUGUAUGUAUAUUUUUAUUGUAUAUAUUACGUGGAGAUUAUACGAAAUUACCUCAAGAAAUUAAAAAUAAUACGAAUGUAAAUGAUGCUUUUAUUAUUAUAUCUCCAUUUACUUACGGUAUUAUAACAGCUAUAUCAUUUUUGCUAGGUGCUAUUUGCAGUUCUAUAGCAGGAUAUAAUGGUAUUUAUGUAGCAGUUCGAGCCAAUGUAAAGGUAGCUAAAGCUGCUACUUAUUCAUAUAAUAAAGCAUUGGUUACCUGUUUUAGAAGCGGUGCAGUAAGUGCAAUUGUAAAUGUUGCAUUAGCUAUUUUGGGGAUUUGUUUAUUAUUGUUAUUAGUAAAUUUUCUGUAUCCAACUUUAUCUUUUUGUAAAUAUCCACUAUUAAUUGUUGGAUAUGGUUUUGGUGCUUCUUUAGUUGCUAUGCUAUAUCAAUUAGCUGGUGGCAUUUAUACAAAGGCAGCUGAUAUAGGUGCCGAUUUAGUGGGAAAAAUUGAAAAACAUAUACCCGAGGACGAUGCAAGAAAUCCUGCAGUUAUAGCUGAUUUAGUAGGAGACAAUGUAGGAGAUUGUGCAGGUCAAUGUGCAGAUUUAUUUGAAUCUAUAUCUGCUGAAAUAAUUGCAUCUAUGAUUUUAGGAGGUACUUUAUCAGAAAAUGGCGUUAUUUCUGAAAAUAGUGCGAGUUAUUUUGUUUUAUUCCCAUUAUUCGUUCAUUCAAUGGAUUUAUUAAUUUCUACUAUUGGAGUAUAUUUAGUAUAUGUUAACAAUGGCACAUAUCAAGAUAAUCAACAACAAACAAGCAAAAAAAGAGAAAAAAAAGAGGAAAAUUAUUUUAACAAUAUUAAUUCAAAUAUAUAUUUAGAAUCUACUGUGACAUUAAAUAAUACUAAUAAAGAAAGAGAUAUAAUGAGUGAAAAUUAUGAACAAAGCAUUACAUCGGAAACUUUAGAAAAUCCUUUGAAAGCUAUGCUAAAAGCUUACUUUUUUACUUGUCUUCUCGGAGUUACUGGAUUUUCGUUUUUAUGUAAAAUGCUUUUUUCUAAUGAUAAACAUAGUUAUCAGUGGAUAUAUUUUUCCUUAUGUGGUUUAAUUGGGAUGAUAUGCUCAUAUUUAUUUGUUAUUCUGACUAGGUAUUAUACAGAUUAUUCUUAUCCCAAAGUAAAAAAAAUAGCUCAUGCGUCUUUGAGUGGUCCUGCUACUAAUAUAAUCGCAGGUUUAUAUGUUGGACUGGAAUCAACUUUUUUUCCUAUUAUAGUCAUAUGUAUAUCUUUAUUGUUAUCAUAUUACUUAGGAUUAAAAAGUAAUAUAACAUCUGAUAAUAGUGUAAUAAAUGGAUUAUAUGGAACUUCUGUUGCAACUAUGGGUAUGCUAUCAACAGCUGUUUUUAUUUUAAGUAUGUCUAAUUUUGGACCAAUUGCGGAUAAUGCAGGAGGAAUAGUAGAAAUGUCUAAGCAACCAGAAUAUGUACGUGUCAUAACAGAUAAGUUAGAUGCUGUUGGUAAUGUAACCAAAGCUAAUACAAAAGGAUUUAGUGUAGGUUCUGCUGCUUUGGCAUGUUUUCUUCUUUUUUCCGCUUUUCUUAGUGAAGUAUCAGUUCAUUCUAAGACUCCUUUUUCAACAGUUGAUAUUGCAAUACCAGAAGUUUUUAUUGGUGGUAUUUUAGGAUCAGUUGUUGUAUUUUUGUUUGCUGGGUGGUCCUUAGAUGCAGUAGGGAAAACUGCUGAAGAAGUUUUAAAAGAAGUUAGAAGACAAUUUAAUGAUCAUCCAGGUAUUUUAACUUAUCAUGAAAAACCAGAUUAUCAUAGAUGCGUAGCAAUAAUUAGUAAGAGAGCAUUAAUAGAAACAGUUAAGCCUGGGCUCUUAGGUAUUUUUUCUCCCUUAAUUGUUGGCCUAAUAUUUAAAUAUUUAGGUAUUUUACAAAAUAACCAAUUGUUAGGUGCACAAGUUAUUGCUUCUUUUAUCAUGUUUUCUACUUCUACUGGUAUACUCAUGGCUCUUUUUUUGAACAAUGCUGGUGGAGCAUGGGACAAUGCUAAAAAAUAUAUUGAAUCAGGUUUUUAUGGUGGAAAAAAUAGUCCAGCACAUGUAUCAAGUGUUAUUGGAGAUACAGUUGGUGAUCCAUGCAAAGACACAGCUGGUCCUUCAAUACAUGUUCUUAUCAAACUUAUAUCAACUAUUACUAUGGUGAUAACUCCAUUAUUAGCAUCUACUACAGGAGAGUAG